AACGUCACACGUCAUCACGCGUCAUCGUGUCCUCUGCCGGUGCAGGUCAACGUGAAUGCUGUAGAACAGCAUGUGUUAGUUAGUUAGUUAGUGAGUGAGUUGGUGGUUGUGGUGUUUUGUAUGUUUCGUAGUUAUUUUUUAUAUAAUUUCAGUGUGUCGCUGUAAAAUGGCGGCUUCCGGAAGGACGGCGCUUGUCUCCGCGCUCGUGCGCCACUUCAGUGGAAGACGCUCGUGCGUGAGGAAGCUUCUCGAGACCAGCCAAAGUCUGCGACUUGUUUCUGCUGCAAAAUCCGCAGUAGAGAGAGAAAGACUUGUGAGCUCAGUCAGUACCUUCAGCUGGGCCACACAACACAGAGCUCUCUCCACAGAAAUACCAUACGAAGAAGAGGAAUACCCCCCUCUUCCAGAGUACUCUCCUUCUCCAGAGAGUGAACAGAAGGAAGUGUUCAUCGUCCGUGUUAAGGGUCUGCCGUGGACUUGUAGUGCUGAGGACCUGCAGAAAUUCUUCUCUGAGUGUCGCAUUCGCAACGGAGUGAAUGGAAUCCAUCUUACAUAUCACAAAAACGGAAAGCCGACAGGACAAGCCUUCAUUGAACUGGAGGACGAGGAGGAUGUCAACAAAGCCUUGGAGAUGCACAGGCAGUAUCUUGGACCCCGCUAUGUAGAAGUGUAUGAAGUGACCAAUAGAGAUGCAGAGGCCAUACUGAAGGGCACAGGUGAAAGCCAAGACGGAGUGGUUCGCAUCCGAGGUCUGCCCUUUACCUGCACAGAGAAGGAUAUUACUGAGUUUUUUUCAGGACUGAACAUUGUGAAGGACGGGGUCACGCUGGUCAUGGAUCGCUGGGGUCGAAGUUCAGGUGACGCGUUUGUGCAGUUUGGUACACAGGAGAUGGCCGAUGAAGCACUGAAGAGAGACAGAGAGGUUAUUGGAAGCAGGUACAUUGAGGUGUACCCGAGCAAGAAGAGCGAUAUUCAAACGCAGUACGGCAGAGGGAGAGGAGACACUACAGUCACUGCAUCCCGCACACAAAAGACCAGCAGUGUCUCUCUUCCAACACACUAUAUACACAUGAGAGGUCUACCAUAUCAAGCCACGGCUGGAGACGUAAUAAAUUUUUUUCAUCCGAUCAGGGUAGCAAAGGUUCUGAUCGAGUACGGACCCGACGGGAGACCUAGCGGCGAGGCAGCCGCUCAUUUCACAACACGACAGGACGCGGUGGAAGCAAUGACCAGAGACAAGCAGUACAUACAGGACAGAUAUAUUGAGCUUUACUUAAAUUCCACGUAAAAGGAAAAAGAGGACUGAAAAGGUGAAUGGCUGUCGUCUGUACAAAGCAUUUUGGCGAUAUUUAUUUCAGAUAAACAUGGAAAAAACUGUAAUUAAACCUGCUCAGUUAUGGAGUA